AUGCCAGGAUCUGAAAAAGAAACAAAAGAAGAACCUCCAGUAGCUAGUGCUGCCAACACAGAAGCUUCGGAGAAAGCAACCGCACUUGCAGCUCCUGUCACACCCGCCCCGCGUGUGCGAAGAUCCGCCACAUCGAAGUCAGACUUAGGAUCAGAAAAAGACUCGAAGACCUGCAGAAGACACCUGAACUUUACCCCCACACCAGUGAGCGCCAAGCCCAAACGCAAAGAAGGACCCAAAGGGAAGGAAAGUCAUGACCGUGUGGAACCAGAGCCCAAAAGACGCAUGCGGCGCCGUGUUUCUAAGGCUGCAAAAGCAGCUGCUGGCAAGAAGUGCAAGGCUUCAACAGCUCCUGAUCCUGCAGCACCUGAACCAGAAACCACUGAGGUACCACCAAAAAGGUUCAGACAGAAAGCGCCACCAAGUGUUCCUAAGGUAGAGACAAUGCCUACCCCAGCAAGAAGAGCCAAGGCUGCACAAGCUUCAGAAGCUGUGUCGCAUGCUUUGCAAAGAACGGCAACUCAGGAACUGCAGACACCACAGGAGAAGAACAAAGAAUCGAAAGGCAAAGAUGCAAGCCAUGAAGCGAAAGACCCAGAUACUAAGGUGACAACUCCAGACUCCAAUGCAGGCAAAGGCAAUGAAGAUGGGGAUGACCAAGAUACUACUAAGGACGCCACCUUGUAUCUGUGCUGGGACAAGGAGGGAGUUGAAGAGCAAAACGACACGAUUCUCGACAGUAUCUUCAGAGCUGUGGAUGCUGAUGCAAACCGACACCAAGGCCAUGAGGAUCUUGGAUCGUCUGCAUCCAGUGACAAGCACAAGAGAAAGAAGGAUCGACGCAAAUCAAAGAAGAAAAGCAAGAAAUCCAGAAAGUCAAAGAAAAGAAGACAUUCGUCAACCUCUUCGUCAAAGUCAGACACAUACUCAGAAAGUGAAAGCAGUACAUCAUCAAGCGAUGAAAAGGACUGA